CGUCUCUUUCCCCAUUAUUUGUGACGACCCACGUCUAAAUGAAGUUAAAUCCACCGGCGCUGCGCUUGCUCGGCCUCGUUUUUCUGAUAUUACCCGUAAUUUCCGAUGGUGGACCCUCGCCGGAGCAGCAAUAUCAUCGGAAUUUCAACCGUUCAUCGGCAGCCAUUUUAGUGUUCGGAGAUUCCACGGUCGACCCCGGAAAUAAUAACUUCAUUGACACUCUCUUUAGAAGCAACUUCCCCCCUUACGGAAGGGAUUUUGUCACCCACAACCCCACCGGAAGGUUCACCAAUGGCCGACUUGCCACCGACUACAUUGCUUCAUAUGCGGGCAUCAAGGAAUUUAUUCCUCCUUAUUUAGACCCAAAUCUUGAAAUGGAGGAGCUUUUGAGUGGAGUCAGUUUUGCUUCAGCUGGUUCUGGAUUUGACCCACUUACCUCUACCAUAAGUGGGUUGUGGGCGGAAGGUGGUCGGAGAAUUGUGCUUGUUGGGCUGCCGCCAAUGGGCUGCUUGCCGGCGGUGAUCACAUUGAAUUCCGAUGACGCUGUGCUCCGGCGGGGCUGCGUCGAGUCUUAUUCCUCCGCCGCAAGAGGCUUCAAUGAAAUCCUCCAGAAGGAGUUGGUGUCGAUGCAGUCGAACUUAGCCGAAUCUGGCGCUAAAUUCUAUUACGUCGACUCUUAUGGUCCACUCGCCGACAUGAUCCACGACCAUCGCAAAUAUGGGUUUGAAGAGGUUGGGAGUGGAUGCUGUGGGAGUGGGUAUGUGGAGGCAUCGUUCUUAUGCAAUCCCAAAACCUACACGUGUCCUGACGUUACAAAGUACGUGUUUUGGGACUCCAUCCAUCCAACGGACAAGGUUUAUUAUAACCUCUUCCUCGCCGCUCGUCCAGUCGUCGAUGCUAUAUUAAAAUUCUAAAUAUAUCAAACAAACAAGUAAUUUAUUUU